UAUUUGCUUUGAGAUUAGAAGAUACUACUUGUAAGUACCGAUCUGAUAGGGGAUUAUAAAGCAAUAGCAAAUAUUUUCAUUAGGUUCAUUUCUAUUUGUUUUAUUGGAGAGCAAAAUCAAAGGAAAAUGGAGGGAGGGUACAAAGAAGUACCUGCAAAUGAAUCCCAAGCUGUGUCAUUCGUAUCUACAAAGGACAAUGUCACCGUUCAAACAAUGCAACAUGGUACCUCGACUAACAGAACAUUUUUAUAUAUGGCAGCUUGUAUAGCAAACUUGUCCUCAUUCGUCUGCGGCACAUCCCUAGGUUGGACAUCUCCAGAAAUCCCACUACUGAAAAACUUGACAGUCAGUCCAUUGGACCAUGUAAUGACAGGUUCCGAAGAAGGCUGGGUAGGUUCCUUUUUACCACUGGCAGCAGCAAUUGGACCUCUAGGAGCAGCAAUUCUAGCAGACAAAUUAGGCAGAAAGAAAUCUCUACUAGUCGGAGUUAUACCUUUCAUCGUUGCUUACAGUAUUAAUAUUUUUGCCGCCAAUGUGCCUUUAUUAUAUCUAAGCAGGUUCUUGUGCGGGUUGGGUGUUGGGAUAAUAUUUACUGUAGUACCUAUGUAUGUUGGGGAAAUAGCUGAUGAUGAAGUUAGAGGAGCGUUAGGAUCAUUUAUGCAACUAUUUAUUGUCAUAGGCUUGCUAUUUUCCUACGCGCUAGGACCGUAUUUACCUAUUAAAACCUUUAAUAUAAUUUUGAUAUCUCCACCAGUCAUAUUUUUCGUACUGUUCUUUUUCUUCAUACCUGAUACUCCGUACUAUCUAGUGAAAAGCGCAAAACACGAAGAAGCUUUGGAAGCUUUAAUUCGCCUUAGAGGAAAUUUAAAAACUUUGGCCCAAAAAGAACUAGAAGUCGUCAAAGUCCAAGUAGAAAUAGAUGUGAACAACAAAGCUUCGUUUAUGGAUAUAUUCAAAACUAAAUCUACAAAGAUGGCGCUAUUUCUGGCUCUCAACUUAGUAGCCUGGCAGCAGCUUUCCGGUAUUAAUAUAGUAUUAUUUUACACUCAGGGAAUCUUUACUGAUGCUGGCGUACCUCUAGCACCAGAAAUUUGUACCAUUAUCACUGGCGUUGUCCAAAUAGCAUCUAGUGCUUUAACUCCUCUGCUAGUUGAACGAUUGGGUAAAAGAUUCUUGUUAAUACAAUCUGCUAUAGGUAUGGGCAUAGCUCAAGGAGUUCUGGCUUUCUUCUUCUAUUUGAAAGACGACAAAGGUUCUGAUGUCUCCAGCAUCGGUUGGCUUCCUAUUUUAUGUUUAGUAGUAUUUAUUAUAACCUAUUGCUUGGGUUUUGGACCACUACCAUGGGCAGUGAUGGGUGAAUUAUUUCCUGGUAACGUAAAAUCAGCUGCUUCCUCUGCUACUGCUUCAAUAUGUUGGGUUUUCGGAUUCUUUAUUACAAACUAUUUUGGUAUACUUUCGAAUUUGGUGGGAAAAUCUGGUUCGUUCGGACUGUUCUCUGUUUUUUGCUUCUUUUCGUUCGGAUUCGUCUUCAAAUUUGUACCUGAAACUUCUGGAAAGAGUUUUAGUGAAAUUCAAGAAAUUUUGGGAGGAGGAAGGAAAUAAAUUCAUUUUGAAUAUAAUAGAGUGACGAUAAGAUUCUUAUGUAAUAUAUGUAUUUGGAGCAUUGUUAUUUGAGAUAUUUAUUAUAUAAUUACAAGUUUACCUACGUAAUCUUUUAUCAGAAAUGCGUGAUACAAGUUGCACGGUACUUAUGGAUUUCGAAUUGUUAUAUUAUCAAAUAAUGAUGUUAACUAAAUAUUAUAAUGUGUCAUGAGAAAGGUUUCGAGAGAGUAUGACUACGCUUAAGUUAUUUUUUAUCUAGAUACACUGAUCAAAACAAUUAACAUAAUAUAAUUUAAUUAUUGUUGCGUUUUGUAAACCCGAUUUUUUAUCAUAUUAUCCUGAUCUUAGUAACAUAUAUUUUAUAUUCUUAAUACAUUAUGUGCUUACAUUAAACUCCCAUAUGACUUAUUUGUACAUAUAUAAAAAAUAUAAUUUUAACAGUCGUUAUUUUUAUAAAUAACUAAUUGUUUUGAGCAGUGUAUAUUGAAAUAGUACAAAUAAUUUAAAAGGAAAAUGUUUUUGGUUUCUUCAAAACUCAGGACUAUAUGGUGAAUGGUUGAGUAACUCCAUAUUUGUAAGUAGUCCUUAAAAAUGUCAUCGUUUUAUUAGCGAGAAAACUUUUCUAUGAUUUUGAAGGAACCAAAAUAAAGCGGUUAUAACCGUAAAGUUAUUAUAUAAAUGCAGUAUUUAUUUUUAUGUAUUGUUGGUUCUGAUUUGUUGUUUUAUUUAUGAUGAUGCAAAUGUGUGUAUUAUGUAGUUCAUAGAAAGAAACGACUGAUAAAGAUUUACUUAAUUAGCAGCAAACAUGUACGUUUGUAAAAUUUAUUUAUUUUUUAAAUAAAAUUGGAAAGCAC